GUAGUUCCUCGUUUUUUACCGGCAGCCUUAAAGACUGUAACUGACAUUCAGCAAGAAAGGCUAAACGAAAGUAAAGAGAAAAUUAAGGAAGAUGCGUCAUCACCGCUUCAGAAAAUUAAAUCUGUGGAACAUGCAUCUAAUUCCCCGGUGCAUUUAUCGAUUUCUGAACGUCUUGCAAAACAUACACCAGGUCCAAACUCAACCAAAAGUAAUCAGAGUAAUUCUUUAGAUGUUAAGGAUGAUUCUACGCAAGGUUUACCAGAUGAAGAUCCAGAAAAGGCUGCAAAGUUUCGUGAAAAUGAGGCAUGGUCUAAAGCUCUACAAAAGGCACGAGCCGAAAAAAUUAAAGAUGACCCCAAAUUAUUAAAGAAAACGAUUGCCAAGACUCAAGCUGAACAGCAACAAAAAAUGACUGCAAACAUUCAAGCUCGUAUUGAUGCAAAGAAAAAUAAGAAGCGAAAAAAUCUUAAGGUAGGGUUUUGUAAUGCUUUGACAAUUGAAUUGCAAACAAUGGAUACGCAAAAGAAUGGGAAACGUCACCACUAUGCGAGUGACCAGGAAGACACAGUAUUUGUACACCAUUUUUCUAUUCAAAGUUUUCUUAACGGCUUUCUUGGUCGAAACCUACCAAAAGUUCACCAGAAAAAUAGAUUCAAAAUCCCUCCACCAUCCAACAGGUAG